AUGUAUGACUUCAACAAUGUCGUCACCCUCUACUUCAUGGUCAAUCCCAGUUGGAAGAUGAAGGCGUUGGACUAUCUCAUCUGUGCGAAACUCAAGAUACCCGGUGGCAUUCUUGAGUUCAGCAAUUCCAAGGGUGAUGACCUCUACAAGAUGCGCACUUUUGACGACAAUGGCAUCAAACGGACAGGUGGAACGAACAGACCUUCAAGACCAGCAAACUUGGAGAAAGUGAUGAAUGCCUUUUUUAAGAACUCCAAGAAGACCUACAACAAACGAGUUGAAGCAGUUGAUGACGAUGUUGUGCCACAAGUUCCUCUACCUUUCCAACAACUCAUCAACCAGAUUGACCAGCAGAUUGUCUCCAUCAAAGCGAAGAUGGCAUUGGAUGAAAACAUCAUCAAAGAAGUGCUGGAGAACUUGGAGGACAACAAGCUCAAGGAACUGAAGGAAGUGUUUGAACUGCGUGAUGGCAAAACUACGGAGGACAAGUUGGCAUCAGUGGCAGACACCCUUUGGAAAGAAGUUGGCAUCAUCAAAGAUGGCAACCCACAUUUGAAGAACAAUCGGAUUGCUAUGGUUGAACUUCUUUUGGAAGUCUUUGGACGAAACUAUCACAAGUUCAAGUCUGGCAAUUUGACCUACUCAUUGGAAGGCUUCAUCAAGGAAAUUGAUGCCAUUGAGAACCUGCGGAAGGGUCAGGGGACUGCUUUUGAGAGGCAGAAUGCUGCUGAAAAUCAGGAGGUUGUUGCUCCACGGUCAUGUCCUUUGAUGUAG